AUGUCCGACUCAGCUACAUUUUCAGAUACGGCUUCAGAUACGGCUUCAGAUACAGCUUCUGUUACGGCUUCAGAUACCGCCAUCACUACCGCGUCAGAUAGCUCGGGCAACACGUCCAUCUCCCCUACAGCCUCGAUCAGUUUAACCACCUCCCCUACGACGACAGUUACCAUCACAGAUUCCUCCGCCUCGACGCCUGAAACCACCCCUACAGACACGAGUUCGACGCCCAUAACAACGAGCGUAUCUUCUGUCUCGUUACCUCCCUCAACGACCGUCGUCGAGACCACACCCACGCCCACAACUCCAAGUGUCAUUGCUGUCACAUCCACUAUAACCGAGACUCCCACCUCGACUGGAGGGUCCGCGACGCCUUCCGUUGUCAUUGUAACGUCGACAUAUUCGCCAGAAGCGUCGCCCUCACAAACCUCGACCAUUUCUUCGGUAACCCAAACUUCUUCAUCGUCCAGUACUCCGUCAGCCUUGAGUGCCUCCGGCUCUACCUCGAGCUCUUCUUCCAGCGGCCUCAGUUCGGCAGCCAAGAUCGCAAUCGCAGUGAUCAUCCCAAUUGUAGUCAUCGCUGCCGCGUUUUUGAUCGGAUUCUUCUUUUGGCGGAAACGAAAGGCUAGAAAGGAUGCAGAAGAGCUCCGCAAGAACGAGAUGGCUGAAUACGGAUUCAACCCGAACAGCGACCCUACCCUGGUCCCCGCUGUUGGAGCAUAUACUGACAAUCAAUCCGAAGCUCAAGAUGACAAUAGCGGCUAUCGGGGGUGGGGAGCUACACCGUCAAACCGCAAGGCGUCAACAACUCUGGGUUCAAAUGGUCUAGCUGCUGGCGGGCUUGCUCUUUCGGAAAGCAGCAGCCAACCUGGAGGAUAUGCAUACCAGACUUCUCCCAAUGGAGGCUCUGACAAGUAUUCAGCGGAUCCUUUGGUGAACGGCCACCCCGAAAGCGGAGAUGGAGUUGCAGCCUUGGGUGCUGCAGGUGUGGCCGGUGGGCUUCAUCGUAAUCGCAGUGGCGCUGCGGACAUCCAUCGCGGUCCUUCAAACGCAUCUUCCGCCUAUUCGACUGGCCACCAGUCCGAGGCAUCUUCGGACACUCACAAUAUGCCUGGCCCAUACUACCAGGAAGAGGUUCCCUACAACAUCUACAAUGACGCUGCACCCAGCAGUGGUCCUUAUGUCGACGGCGCAUACGGCGGCUCCGGAGGUCAGCCAGUCAUACGGGACGUCCAGGCAAGAAGGAACACGCGCAUUGAACGAGCCCCAACCUUUCCCCAGACGCAAGGAGGUAUUGCGCAGAACUUUUAA